AGUAUGGUUUUGAGAAGCAACCACGGUCCCAUACCAGGCGUUUUCAAAGACGAAUUAGAACAUUUGCGCAAGGAUCAUGUUCCACGCUACCUAUUUCGUGCAUGGAGUACCAGAAAUGGAGGCGGACCUGACGUCUCCGUAAACUCGUUGAAAGAGAUUGUACCUCCUGCGUUUGUACGCCACGAAGGGCACAAAUUCUACGACAUGGAUGAAAACCAUAUCAAAAUCAUUACCGAGGCGCACUAUCAUGGAUGGUCUUCUCCAUUCACUGAGUUCAGCUCCUGGUCCCACUCACUUGCUCUCGUGAUAGGAUUCUACAAACACCGAAAAGACACCCACAUUGCUGUCAUGGAUACUCAGCAGCUUGAUGAUGAUGUGAAGGUCUGGCAUUGCCCUCAUCUAGGCAAAAGGUUUAAUAAUUAUGAGUUUUUAGUACAUGGUCCCAUCCGGGGACGUGGCUACAAAGCUGUGCCGCUCGAGAAGCUCCUCCAAGCAGGACUAGAAAUAGAUCUAGAAAUCGUGGGUAACGUUGCAUCCCUUUUCGAACAUCUUCGUGUGCCAGUAGCCGCAGCAUUACUCACUAUUCUACCACGG